AUGGAGAGCGGCGAGCCGAGCGUCGAGAACGAGUUCGCGACGGGCCCGCUGUCGCUGCUGCUCCACUCCAUGAAGAGCAACAGCCAGGUGCUCAUCAACGUGCGCAACAACCACAAGCUGCUCGCGCGCGUCAAGGCCUUCGACCGCCAUUGCAACAUGGUCCUCGAGAACGUCAAGGAGGUCUGGACCGAGAUCCCCAAGACGGGCAAGGGCAAGAAAAAGUCCAAGCCCGUCAACAAGGAGCGCUACAUCUCCAAGAUGUUCCUCCGCGGCGACUCCGUCAUCCUCGUCCUCCGAAACCCGAACAUCAGCUAG